GUUGACUCGCGGCCGGUGUAACGCGAUCCUAUAACACAAUCGCGUCUGCCUCAUCAGCGACGAGACAUGCGUCCUCCAGUGCUGUCUCUCUUGUCUUGCAUUGGCCUUGCGCUCGCCCAGCAAUAUCCCGUGACCACGCCGGUGCCCAUUUUAAAGCAGAUAAAUAAACACAACGAAGACGGUAGCUACAGUUACGGAUACGAGGCUGCGGAUGGCUCUUACAAGAUCGAGUCUAAAUAUCCAACUGGAGAAGUGUUCGGAAAAUACGGAUUCGUGGACGACACUGGAAAUAUUCGAGAAGUGGAAUAUGGCGCUUCGAGGCGAGGAUUCGAACCCCAAGGUCCCGGUAUAAACGUUCCACCACCAACCUUGACUGGUAACAGUAUCGCGAAUCCCAACCAACCCGAGGACGACGGCCAAUACAGAGAAGAUCCGUCCGUUUACUACACGGAUCCUCGAUUCACGAAUGGAGAACGAUACGAACCUCGUCGACCUUUGGUCAACAACCAACCGCGACCGAUUCCUGCACCGAUCUACAAUCCACCGAGGUAUCCCACGCAAGUGCAGUACCAGCCGAAGGCCCAGUAUCAACCGCAGUAUCAACCGCAGUACCGAUCGCAGUAUCAACCGCAAUAUCAGGAGCAGCAACAGCGAGCCGCGUAUCCCGCAGCGCCGAUCCAAAGCGGAAUUCAAGGUCGUCCAGCGCCCAACGUAGAUCCAAACGCCGGGUUAGCCUCUUACACGGUUAAUUACAGACGAUAGGGAUCGAUCGGGUUAACCUACGUGUAAAUAUUGCGUUAUUUAUAUACCGAUUUCCGGGACGAGUUGCACUGAUCGAGAGUUUAGGGCCAGUUUGUCUUUUUCUCGAAUAUCUCUGAUUCGCAUUUACAUUGUGUACGUACAUUUGUACUUUCGAAUAUCGAAGGCCCUGUUCUUCCGUUUUUAUUAUUAUAUGAUGAGUAAAUUGUUAUUUCUCGUUUUUUGAUUUUGAGGGCGUUAACGUUUGAGCAAAGAUGAUUUUUGUGGCGAUAAAUUAUAAUGUUGUAUCGAUUCACAAAGUUAUAUUGUAACGUAAUUUCCUUAUAAUUUGAUAUUAAGUUUCGUGCAUUUAUGAAAAAUGUUAAGAGUUCUUUCUUAUAGUUUGAGCACGAAUAUUCGACAAUAAUUUAGGGAACGAAUAGUAUCUUCUCGACGAAUACUUUGUCAUUUGAUUAUUCU